AUGCCGCCCAAAAAGGUAACCGACAAGGCGCUCGCGGCCGAGCUUGAGAGGAGCGUGCGCCACAUCUACAGCACCGACAGAGACAACUUGACCGUCAACUAUACGCGUCAAUUCGUGGAAAAGAAGCUAAACCUGAAAGAUGGCUUUCUGAAGGAAGGCGAUUGGAAGGCAAAGAGCAAAGAGAUGAUCACGGCAGCUCUGUCUGAAGUGUCAAAUGUUACCGGUGCAAGUGACUCGGAAGAACCACCAACGAAGAAGUCCAAACCCGCCACCCCGAAAAAGAAGCAAGCGCGCAAGGCAUCUAUUAAAAAGGUAAAAAAGCCCCCAAACCCGUCGCCAGACGAAGAUACCAGCGAACUGUCCGAGAUACCGGAGGAGCCCCAGGAGCGGAAAUAUAAGCCAACACGAUCUAUACUAGACUUGGAAGAAUCGUCCAAGUUGUCCGACGAGCCUCAAGAGCGCAAGUCCAAAGCCAAGUCAGGUCCAGCCAGAGCUGAUGAGAGUGCUAGCAUGGAAUACGACGACGAAAGCGAGUUGUCCGAGAUCAAUGAUGAGCCUCCCAAACGGCAAUACAAGUCCAAGGCGGAGUCGAAGCGAGCAUCGGACGAUGUUAGCGACUCGUCCAUAGAGCCUGCGGCUAGGGGCGAGCGAAAGGCCAAGUCCUCGGCCAAAGCCCCAGCAGAACUUUCUCCGGACGAGGCUCAGAUCAAGCAACUCCAAUCUCAGUUGGUUAAAUGCGGGCUUCGCAAGGUCUGGGGCUUUGAGCUCAAACAGUACGGCGACGACAGCAGGGCCAAGAUUAAGCAUCUUAAAAAUAUGCUGACAGAUGUUGGCAUGACCGGCCGCUUUUCCGAGUCCAGAGCAAGAGAGAUCAAGGAGCAGCGCGAGCUGCUGGCUGAAAUCGCGGAGGUCAAGGAGGGGGAUAAGAGCUGGGGCGUUGGCAGUCGGCCCUCGAGACGCAGGGCGGCAGCGAAAAAGUCGUUUAAGGAGAGUACUAACGACGAGGACGCAGACGCCAAGGAGAGCGGGAGAGACAAGGAAGGCGGAGGGGCCGCUAGCGGCGGUGAUGACAAUGACGACGACAGCGAUGAUGAUGAUGAAGCCCAGCCAAAAGCCCGCGCGAGAGCUUCGGCUAGGCACAGAGCAGACCUGGCAUUUUUGGGCGACGAGAGCGACUCGGAUUAA